ACAAUAGACAGAUCCACAGCAAAUUACAGACAACAGACAGAUGUACAUUCUAUUACAGACAACAGACAAAUCUACAGUAUAUUACAGACAACAGACAGGUGUACAGUCUAUUAUCUUAACAACACCUGUUUCUUAAUCUUUCCAGGCACAUACGGACUUCUUACAAGUUAUUUGAAAGUUACUGAUACUCCACAUGAGCAGGAGGAAGUCAUCAUUAUGAAUGGCUGUUCCAUUGAUUCGUACAUAUUCGGUAACUUCUACUCCCCCGACGGUGGGAACACGCUGUCUGCCAAGUUCAGGGCCUUCAAAUUUCCAUUCUCCAACUACGUCCUGUUUGUAGGAACUGUGAACGUUUGUCUCAAGACGUGUCAAAGGGUUAUUUGUGGACAGGAUCAAUACGGUUAUGGAAGAAGGAAAAGAGAGAUUCCAGACGAACUUCCCCCAGACCCAAAUAAAAUGUUUGAGGUAGAAAUGACGGCUUUUCUCAAAGUGGAUUACAAAAGAAAGCCAACAAAUUCUCACGUGAAAGAAGGCAAACUGCACCUUUCCUACUUUCCUGAACAUGUGAGCUCAAGGUCUCCUGAGACUUCAUAUUUAGUGACUGUCUUGCUCUUUGCUACCGUAAUAGUUUUUUUGACAGGAUAUUAAGAUGGUAAUCUCAACGUUCCGGAACCUUCUUAACUUUAGGAUUUUGUGUGUGUUAACAUGUCAAUCAGACGUUUUUCCAGAAACAGAAAAAUCGUGUUGAUGUUCGACUCCAAACAGUUUUAGGGUGUGGUUGUUGUUGUUGUUGCAGAAUUCUAUCCCAUACUGAUUUGUUUUGUCUUCCUAAUUACCAGAGAGAUACAGGGUGAAAACUUUCUAAACCGAAUCAAAUGAUGACAAUUUCCCAAGAAAGUGUCGAAUUUUAUCUUUCUUUCUGUUUCCUUCAGCUAUUAUCGAACUCCUCAGAUGCUGGAGGUGAUAUAAAACAUUUUAGAGUUGAUUUAUAUGACGUCUUGCACCACGUGUUUCUGACGUAGUUUAUCAAACGCGCGAAGACAGUAAGUAUCAUUUUACGUGUUCAUAUUGUACGUCGUUUUAUGUGAUGUCAAUAUUAAUUAACGACAAUAGUUUCAAACGUCGUCGUUCUGGAAAUGGUGUUAAUGAAAAACGGUAGAUAUUAUAGGUACAUUAUUAAAUGGUGCUGGGAUAUGGUAAAAUGUUUUUAAUAUAUAUAUACUGUACUGACAGGACGCUAGGAUCCAAGAUAUUGGUCAUAUAUAAAAGUCAAACGGUUUGGAUGUUUAAACAAUAACCGAUAUCUGCGGUACUAAAGAAAUGAUGGAUCUCAUGUAUGCGUUAGAAAGUUGGUAUUAAAUAAAAUACAUUUGGUUAUA